AUGAAUAUAGAUAAUAUCGAAGAUAUUUUACCUAAGGACAGGGAAACCGAAUUAGUGUUUUUCGUUAACGGAAAAAAGGUUAUUGAGCGCUUUCCCGACCCUGAGUGGACUUUGCUAUGGUAUUUGCGCAAGAAAUUACAGUUAACUGGCACAAAGUAUGGCUGCGGAGAAGGCGGUUGUGGCGCUUGUACCGUAAUGAUCUCACAAUAUUUUGAACAGGACAAGAGUAUUAAACAUAUGGCAGUAAAUGCAUGUUUAACACCGUUAUGCGCAGUACAUGGCUUAGCAGUAACUACGGUUGAGGGUAUUGGUAAUAUCCAAGAUAAAUUACACCCUGUGCAAGAGAGGAUUGCUAAAGCACAUGGAUCUCAAUGUGGUUUUUGUACACCAGGCAUUGUCAUGUCUAUGUACAGUUUACUAAGAGACAAAAAGAAGUUAGAUUAUAAUGAUAUAGAAACUUCUUUACAAGGUAAUCUCUGCAGAUGCACUGGAUACAGACCAAUAGUAGAAGGAUUUAAAACUUUUAUGGAAGCUUGGGAAGGUGUCAACAAUAUUAAUGAUGAAAAUAAGCCUUGUGCAAUGGGAAAUGAUUGUUGUAAAUUCAAAAAAGGCGAUGCAGAUAUAUUAUAUAACACAUCUGAAUUUCGGCCAUAUAACUCGACACAAGAACCCAUUUUCCCACCAGAACUAGUUUUAAAAAAUAAAUAUAGUCAGAGUUUUCUAUACUACAAAGGCAAAAAUGUUACGUGGAUUAGGCCCCGAAAUAUGGAGGAAAUACUUUUCUUUAAAAAUAUGUUUCCAUGUAGUAGAAUUGUUGUAGGUAACACGGAAAUUGGUGUAGAAGUGAAAUUCAAGAAAAAAAUCUACCCGAUUUUAAUUUCACCAAAUUAUGUAAAGGAAAUGAAUUAUAUUCGUUUAACAGCUACAGGCGUUGAAGUGGGUGCGGCUGUUACUCUGACACAUUUGUAUGAUUUUUUAGAAAAUAUUAUUAAGAAAAAUGAAAAAAACGAAAAGAUAUUCGAAGCUAUUACAGAUAUGCUACAUUGGUUUGCUGGUAAUCAAAUUCGUAAUGUUGCAUCUCUUGUAGGUAAUAUAAUAACUGCUAGUCCGAUAUCAGAUUUGAACCCAAUAUUAAUGGCUUGUUCUGCUAAGCUUAAAGUCAGCAGUUUUAAGAAAGGUCUCAGGGAAAUUGUACUUGAUCAAGGUUUCUUUACUGAUUAUAGAAAAGUAGCAAUAGAUGAUGAUGAGGUUGUCUUAGCAGUCGAAAUCCCCUACACGCAUGAUGGGGAGUUUUUUAAAGCCUACAAGCAAGCUAGACGAAAAGAAGAUGAUAUAUCGAUCGUAACGGCAGCAUUUAGUGUUAUAAUUGAUAAAGAUACAAAUACGGUAAAAGAGGCCAAGUUGUGCUUUGGAGGAAUGGGGCCGACAACGGUAUUUGCUGCUAUGGCGUCUAAAAAAUUACAAGGUCUUAAAUGGAAUGAAGAAAGUGUAGGUAAUGUUUUACAGUAUCUUAAUAAUGAGCUUGUAUUAGAUUCUUCGGUGCCAGGAGGAAUGGCAGAGUUUCGUAAAUCUUUGUGUUUAAGCUUGUUUUUUAGAUUUUAUAUCUAUGUAUGUAAUGAAUUAAAUUACAGUACUUUAAACGGUGAUAAAAAAGAUUUGUGUGGUUGCUAUGAAAUACCACGUCAUAUUCAACCUAAAAGUACACAAUGUUUUGAAAUAAAAAAUAAUAAUAAAAAUACUUAUGACGCUGUUGGGAAACCUAUACCGCACGCAUCUGGUUUGAAACAGGCCACUGGUGAAGCCGUUUAUUGCGAUGAUGUUUUAAGUACUGAUGGAGAAUUAUAUCUAUGUUUGGUCCUUAGUUCAGAAUCACAUGCCAAAAUUAUUUCUAUUGACCCAAGCAAAGCCUUGUUAGAAGACGAUGUAGUAGCUUUUUUUUCGGCAUCUGAUUUAUCUGAAAAGCAAAACAAAAUGGGCCCUAUUCUAAAAGAUGAGCAAAUAUUCUCCUGCGAUAUCGUUACUAGUCGUUCCUGUGUAAUAGGCGCUAUAGUUGCAAAAUCUGAAAGCGCAGCAAGAAAAGCUAAACACUUAGUAUCGGUAACAUAUGAAAGAUUAGAACCUAUUGUCAUAACUAUAGAAGAUGCAAUACGCUACCAUUCUUAUUUUCAAGCCUCCCCACGCAUAUUAAAAAAAGGAAAUAUUGAUAAAGCCUUCUUAAAUUCUGAUCAUGUUCAAGAAAGUUAUAUUAGAACUGGAGCACAGGAGCAUUUUUACUUGGAAACAAUGUCCGCAUAUGCCAUAAGGAAAGAAGAUGAAUUAGAAAUUAUAUGUACUUCUCAAAGUCCAUCAGAUAUACAACAUAUCGUCUCUGAAACGCUUGGCAUACCUAAUCAUAAAAUAGUCUCGAAAGUUAAAAGAAUUGGCGGCGGCUUUGGUGGAAAAGAAACUAGAGCAGCUGUGUUAGCUCUUCCUGUUGCUAUAGCAGCCUAUAAAUUAAAGAGGCCUGUUCGCGCAGUUUUAGAGAGAGAUGAAGAUAUGCAAAUUACUGGAUACAGGCAUCCAUGUUUAAUUAAAUAUAAGGUUGCAUUUAAUAAAAAUGGCAAAAUUGAUGGUGCCAUAUUUGAUAUUUACGCUAAUGCUGGAAAUUCCAUGGACAUUUCUUGUUCGAUGAUGGAAAGAGCUGUAACGCACGUAGACAAUUGUUAUUUUAUACCAAAUAUACAAAUAAAUGGCUAUUUGUGUAAAACAAAUAUGCCAUCCAAUACGGCAUUUAGAGGUUUUGGUGCACCAAAAGCAAUGUUAGCAGCAGAAGCUAUGAUAAGAGAUAUAUCGAUUACACUAAACAAAACAUAUGAAGAAAUUGUCGAUAUAAAUAUUUACAGAGAAGGAGAUUUAACUCAUUAUAAUCAAACACUUACAUAUUGCACGUUGUCUCGAUGUUGGGAAGAAUGUAUAGCAAGUUCUGACUAUUGGCAAAGAAAACAGUUAGUUGAAGAGUAUAAUAGGUCUCACAGAUGGAAAAAGAAGGGUCUGACGAUAGUUCCCACAAAAUACGGAAUAUCUUUUCAGAAUGAUUUAUUGAUGCAAGCGGGCGUUUUAAUUUUAGUUUACAACGAUGGUUCAGUACUUUUAUCUAUUGGUGGAAUAGAGAUGGGCCAAGGUCUGUUUAUCAAAAUGAUUCAAGUUGCAUCUCGAGCUUUAGAAGUAGAUGUUUCAAAAAUUCACAUAAGUGAAAUGUCGACAGAUAAAGUUCCUAAUAGUCAGCCAACAGCUGCAAGCAUAAGUUCUGAUUUAUAUGGCAUGGCAGUAAUAAAUGCCUGCGAAAUUCUAAAAAAGAGAUUAGAACCUUACAAAAAUAAAAAUCUAAAUGGAAAGUGGGAAGAUUGGGUCUUCGCUGCGUAUUUAGAUAGAGAAUGUCUCUCGGCAACUGGAUUUUAUUCAGCGCCUAAAAUUGAAUAUGAUCGUGAAAAAAAUUAUGGAAAUCUUUUUGAAUAUUUUACUUACGGUGUUGCAUGCUCCGAAGUUAUUAUAGAUUGUCUAACUGGAGAUCAUCAGGUCCUCAGAACAGAUAUCGUCAUGGAUGUUGGAGAAAGUCUAAAUCCUGCUAUAGACAUAGGACAAAUCGAGGGCGCAUUUGUUCAAGGUUAUGGAUUUUAUACUAUGGAAGAAAUGUUAUUUGCACCAAACGGAGAAGUCCUUUCUAAAGGACCUGGUGCCUACAAGAUACCGGGUUUUUCAGAUAUUCCAAAAGAAUUUAAUGUUUCUCUUCUUAAAGGUGCUCCUAAUCCUCGUGCAGUUUAUUCAUCAAAGGCCGUCGGGGAACCUCCACUAUUUUUAGCAGCAUCAGUGUUCUUUGCCAUUAAAGAUGCCAUCAAAUCUGCAAGAAUAGAUGCCGGGUUUAGCCCAGAGUUCACUUUGGAAGUUCCGGCAACAUGCGCUCAAAUUAGAAUGGCUUGUGAAGAUAGUAUUACUGAGCAGGUGAAACCAACUAUUAAGAAAGGAGGAAUGCCAUGGAAUGUUAAACCA